AUGGAUAAUUCCAUGGAUGAUAAUAUCACGAAUUCUCAAGUGAUUGAUAUGACCGAAACAACAACUAUGAAAACAACUACCAAUUAUACUAAUCCUAUUGAACCAACUGUAAUCAAUACUACUGAUAAUAAUAGUAACAAUAAUACUGGUAUUUCUUUUCAGCAUUCUAGAAACAUCAUUAAUGAAAAAACUGAUGAUGAUAAUAUUAAGGCUGAUAACGUCGAUAAUGAUGAUGACGAUCGUAAUGAUGAUCAGAGUAAAACUGUAAUUCAUAUACUACGAUGUAAACAUUGUAAUUUCGAAUCAAUAUUACGUUCACGUUUCGAUAGACAUUUACCAUGUUCACAACAAAUGGACACUUAUCAAUUAUAUACAUGUUCAAUAUGCUUUACCAGUUCAACAUCAAAAUUAAUUAUGGAUGAACAUAGAAGAGUGCAUCAUUUGAAUACCAGUAAAGUAAGUCUAUGA